AUGGCUACGAAGAGAUCAUUCAAGGAUGCCAAAGAUGGCGCGGAGAUUUCCAAUCCACACAAAAGACACAAGAGCAAUCGCGCCGGCAGCGACUGUCACAACGCAAAAUAUGAGUACAAAUUGACCGUGGACGAGAGCAGGCUUGUUCAACAAUUGCAAGAUGUAGUUGACCAGGUAGUCCACCGCCCGCAAGUGUUACACAACAUACCUGAAAGCUCAGAAAUUCUCAAAGUGAUGACCCAACUACACGCCACUCUGGCGGCUGCCACGAUCAAACGAGAUACAGAUACGAAGCACAGAAAACCUAAAGAGACGAAACCAACGGCGCAGCCUGUAUCCCUGCCCGACCUUCCUUGCAUCCACGAUGCUUCGUUAGAACGAGCCGUUUUCACGCACCCAGGGACGCCUGUACAUAUUGCACCAGAAGGCAUGGAGCAAAACUACGACCGGUUGGAGGUACUCGGAGACGCUUACGUGGAGGUGAUUGCAACAAGACUGAUAUGGGACCAUUUCAAGGAUAUGCCUGCGGGGCGUAUGUCACAAGUUCGAGAAGACCUCGUUAAAAACGAAACCUUGGCUGGCUUCGCGUCGCAGUACGGAUUCGAUAAAAGAGUAUCCGUCUCUGCUCCAGAAGAACAAAAAGCACAACCUAAAAGAUGGCUAAAAAUACGGGGAGAUGUGUUUGAAGCCUACGUUGCGGCGGUGGUUCUUUCCAACCCUGACCAUGGAUUUGACAUAGUCGAGCAAUGGUUAAGAGAGCUGUGGUUACCAAGGCUCUCGCAUGUCCAGCCUGUACAGACAGUGCUCAGACACAAGGAACAAUUAGCGAAAAGGGUUAUGAGCAAGGGUAUCAAGCUGCGAUAUGUAGAAGAACAACCGGCGAAACAAUUGGACGGAGGCAUGCAGACAUAUUACAUAGGAGUGUAUCUGACAGGCUGGGGUUGGCACGACCAGCAUCUGGGAUCCGGAAGUGGGCUAAAUAAAGCUAUUGCAGGGGACGAGGCUGCCAAUAAAGCACUCCAGAACAGCCCACUGAUCGAUCAGGUGGCAGCGGCCAAGGCAGCGCAUGAUCGACAGGCUAGUGGAGUGAAGGAAGUAGGUAGUAAUACUCAAUUGACUGAAUAG